AUGUCUUCCAAAGUGAGAAUUCUUCUUCCAGUCAAGAGAGUGAUCGAUGCUGCUUUGAAGCCAAGAAUCAACAAGACUCAAACUGGUAUUGAAUCUGCUGGUGUCAAGUUUAGCAUUAAUCCAUUUGACGAUAUUGCGGUUGAAGAAGCCAUCAAAAUCAAAAAUGAACAUAAGGAUUUGGUGGAAUCCAUUCAUGCUGUUUCGAUCGGGCCAGCCAAGGCUCAAGAUAUUCUCAGGAUCGCCCUAGCAAAAGGAGCUGACACUUCGACUUUGAUCGAUGUCCAAGAUCAAGAGGUUGAGCCACUGCAAGUUUCUAAGAUUUUGAAAGCUGUUCAAGAAAGACAGAACUCGAACUUGAUCAUUUUGGGUAAACAAGCUAUUGAUGAUGAUUCAAACCAAACUGGCCAGAUGCUUGCCGGCCUGCUUAACUGGCCACAAGCAACAAAUGCAUCGAAAGUUAAGAUCAACAGCGAUUCAACCGUUGAAGUCGAGCGAGAAAUAGACGGAGGUGUGGAAGUUGUCAAAGCGUCUUUGCCAAUGAUUAUUACCACCGAUUUGAGAUUGAACGAGCCUAAGUUUGUGACACUCCCAAAGAUGAUGAAGGCCAAAAAGAAGCCUUUGGAGAAGCUCAAGGUGGAAGAUUUGGGCGUCUCUAUCGAGAAGAGACUCGAAAUUUUAAAACUUGAAGACCCUCCAGCAAGACAGGGUGGUUUGAAGGUUGGUUCUGUUGACGAAUUAAUUGCCAAACUCAAGGAGCUCAAGGCCAUCUGA